UCUGGCGGUUGUCGCCGUCCCGCGACCUGAAACCCGACGGGAAGCCCCUCUUCAACCCUCCAAGGAAGAUGACAACCCACAGAGAGGUCAACACGCCCAGGUCAAGCAUUUGGUGCAUUUCCUGCAAGUGGAGGAGUGUAAUGUUUAUUCCUUACAUCUGUAAGAUCUCAAGGCCAGAGAAUGGCAGGGGAACAGAAACCCUCAAGUAACCUCCUGGAACAGUUUAUUCUACUCGCCAAAGGUACCAGUGGUUCGGCGCUCACCGCUCUCAUAAGCCAAGUCCUGGAGGCGCCCGGCGUGUAUGUUUUCGGAGAGCUGCUGGAACUGGCCAACGUGCAGGAGCUUGCGGAAGGCGCGAACGCUGCUUAUUUGCAGCUGCUGAACCUGUUUGCCUACGGGACAUACCCAGACUACAUAGCCAACAAGGAGAGCCUUCCCGCCCUGAGCACAGCUCAGCAGAACAAGCUGAAACACCUGACCAUCGUGAGCCUGGCGUCCAGGAUGAAGUGUAUCCCAUACUCCGUGCUGCUGAAGGACCUGGAGAUGCGGAAUCUCCGGGAGCUGGAAGACCUCAUCAUCGAGGCCGUCUACACCGACAUCAUCCAGGGCAAGCUGGAUCAACGGAACCAGCUGCUGGAGGUGGACUUCUGCAUCGGCCGGGACAUCCGGAAAAAGGAUAUCAAUAAUAUUGUCAAGACUUUGCACGAAUGGUGCGACGGCUGCGAAGCGGUCCUGCUGGGCAUUGAGCAGCAGGUCCUGCGCGCCAACCAGUACAAGGAGAGCCACAGCCGGACCCUGCAGCAGGUGGAGGCGGAGGUGACCAACAUCAAGAAGACGCUGAAAGCCACAGCGUCGUCCUCGGCGCAGGAGAUGGAGCAGCUGGCGGAGCGCGAGUGCCCCCCGCACGCCGAGCAGAGGCAGCCCACCAAGAAGAUGUCCAAAGUGAAAGGUCUGGUGUCCAGCCGCCACUAGGGCCGGCACGGGCAGCUGGCGCUCAGCGGGCAGCGGCCGGGUGGGGCGGGGCCCAGGGCACGUCCCUCGGCCCCCCUCUGCGCCGCCGGGGAGCGCCAGGCCUGCCCGGCCCCUCCCAGCGCCUCGCCCUGUUGGUACUGUUCCAGAAGAACCGUUAGCCCCCCGCUCCCCAUUGUCCUU